ACUGCAGCUGCGCUCCGUCGAGUGGCGUCUCGCAGUGCAGUGGCAUCAUUGAUGUAAUCGAAAGCGAUCUAAAUAAACAUUUAUUUAGUUCAACCCCACUACAACCAUGCGGUAGUCUUAUUCAUCGGACGAAAAAAAGCAAACCCAAGCUCAUGACCAUAGUAGAAAUAAAUUAAGUAGUCAAGAUUGACCAUGAAGCAUACAGAAAAAAAUUACUGCAAUCUAUUUGACAACGAAGCAAGCCGCGGCCCAAUAUAUCAUUUGGAAAGUAGUGAGCGUAGUGCUAAUUCGCAACUGAUUUCUGAGGGCAGUUUCGCUAUUUCUGCAAAUAUGUCAUCUUCUGAGUCGUGGCAUGCACUAUUGAUACUUCCAUCAAAGAUUUUAGCGAACAAGCGUUCGCAUCUCGAUAUCUAUCAUCUGCGGAUGCGGUUCACGAAAAAGUAUAGCCAGUUGUAUGGUAUUCAAAAUAGACGAGCCAUGCAUGGAUUGGAAUAGCAAUGAGGCAAGUUAAUUUGUGACUGUGCCAGUAAGAGUAGGAACUGUUCGAAGUAGGGGAGCAACCCCUUGUGAUUGUUAUCAUUGUUGAAUCGCACGACAAAUCAAGAUUAUUUAUUGCAACUCUGACCCUCGAUCUCCUGCGAACGUAGCUGCUUGCGGCAACGGUGCAAAGGUUUCUGCUGUGGCGCAGCUGCAGUCGCCGGGUAUGACAAUUCAAGAUUUUACUAUUUUCGCGGCAGCUUCAUCUAUCGAAUCAAUUCAGUACCAGCUAGCGCAUGAUGUGUAUCAUGUCGGAUCAUGUUCAAGAACCUUUCUUAGGCUAUUCAAUCAUCGCUCCGCAGCUUUCAAAUCAUCCAAAGACCGUUUCUUGCAUAAAUAUCAAAAAAACCUUCUGUCGGGUGGUCACAAUGAAGACUCGCUCCCCAUCACGCAGACGUGGUGAUUUGGGAGCAGGCCAAGACCAGAAGGUUUGAUUCUCCACCGACGGUGAUGUCGUGGUAAGUAAAGAAGAAGAAAGAAAAGAUUUGUUCUGCUCCUGUGUAGGUAAUUACUUGGUCUUCACACCUUGGAGGCGCUGAGUCUGUGAAGAUGAAAAUGAAGUGUACUACUUCUCC